CCAUCACUACCCUCACUGCCAAACUUUGUCCUGUUUUGGGGCACAGUGCCUCUUCUUUUCUGCUCAUCAUUUAAUCCAAACAAUUCACAAACUCUCUCACUCUCACUUCCACAUCUUACUAAGCUAGUACAUCACAACUCUCACUUUGCUUUUCUGGAAAAACAUAUUUCUGAUUACCUGCUCAUCAAUCAUUCCAUUUCCAGCCCCUACUUUUAGAAUCCUCAUCGCAAACUACAUUAGACUAAACCAAUAUAUACAAUAACACUCCCUCAAUUCAACUCUUUUCACUACUCCCCCUCUCAAUCUUUUCCCACUUCAUAAUAUAACACAAAUUAGUGAAAGAAUAAAAAUAAAAACAAAAACACAUGCACUUCAUUUUUUAGCUUCCCUUUCCAACAAUCUUUUUUCCUAGCCAUGAUAUACCCUCAUCACUUAAUUUCUAUUACUCAACAGAAAAACCCUAACUAGUCCUCGAAAGAACAACUUGAUUUAAUUUCUAUAUAUAUAUAUAUAUAUUUUGCAGGGUAGCGAUGGAUCCUUCUACUUGAACCUAGCAUCAUCAUGAUCAUCACAAGAUCUAAGUGAAAUCCAGUCAGGAAGCAUCAGAUCUCAACAAUGGAGAGCGUGGCAUCCCCGAUGAUAACUUGUUCAAGCAACAACAACAAUGGAAGUGGUAGUAAUAAUACUACUACUCCUAGCAGGUAUGAGAACCAAAAGCGGCGAGACUGGAACACGUUCUGCCAGUACCUGCGGAACCAGCGGCCACCGCUAUCGCUGGCGCUGUGCAGCGGGGCGCACGUGCUGGAAUUCCUGCAGUACCUUGACCAAUUCGGGAAGACAAAAGUGCACAACCCACCAUGCCCCUUCUUUGGCCUCCCCAACCCUCCGGCGCCCUGCCCCUGCCCGCUCCGCCAGGCCUGGGGCAGCCUCGACGCCCUCAUCGGCCGCCUCCGCGCCGCCUACGAGGAAAACGGCGGCAGACCCGAAACCAACCCCUUCGGCGCACGCGCCGUCAGGCUCUACUUGCAUGAUGUUCGUGAUUUUCAGGCCAAGGCCAGAGGAGUUAGCUACGAGAAGAAGAGAAAGAGGCCAAAACAACAAAACAUUGCAAAUGCAGCAACUAGUGUUACCACUUCCCCUAAUAAUGCCAAUGCCACUGCCACUUAAGUCGACACUCAUCAAUGGCAUGCAUAUGGUAUAUCUUUUUUUAUUUCCUUACGCGACUCUCUUUUUCCUUUACUAGUUGUGCCUGUUUUUUAUGUUUAUUUUUGGCGACUCUAAUGUCAUAUAUAUGUCUUUUAAUUUGAAAACAUCGUUGUUCUGGCCUCCUCUUUUUGAGCAAGUACGACAUAUAUUUACCAAA